ACUCAAGCCCCGCUCAAUGGACUCAAGAUGUCCGACUGCAAAAGACGAGUCGCUGCGGCAGGAAUUGGGGUUGACGACUGGAGUCGUUUGAAAGCGGGUUUUGAGCUUUCUCACCGCAGGUACCAGUUGGUUGAAAUGCUGGAACGGAGAAGGCACAACUGUUGCUGAAGCAAACCUUGAAAGGGGCAUAACGGGGCAACAUAAUGGACGUUGCAAAGAACAAAUUGCAUUAAGUUCAGAGUAGGUAAGCCCAGCUGGACCAUUUUGGAUAGGGGAUUCUAAUUUUCCAUCAUCAUGGCCCUGACAAAAAUGAUGCAUACUCUGAACUGCAGGCCUUCUCAAGUUCACGUGUUUUUGCCCUGAACUUGCGGCAGAGGCCGUUCGCCAAGGCAUGAGACUCGCAACGAGAGCCCAAGAAAUUGCCGCCGUAGCCAGAUUUUUAUAGGCAGCAACGCUUCUGCCCACCGGAUCAAGGCUCACAGGGCCAUGGAGAAAGCUGAUUUCAACCUCGAUGACCUCAAGGACCCUGAGAGGUUGAAGAUGCUCUUCAUGAAGAGUACGCGAAGACGGAAGCCUUCAAGGUCUGGGGAUGUUUCCUGCUGGUGACCUUUACAGUCUUCAUGCUUUUCUCCAGUGGUGACUUCUCCUUUCUCCUCACCUUGUCAUCCUUGGUGAGUGUCUUUAGCUUCCUCAUGGUCGCACUGAAGAUCGAGGCAGGCAGGAGUUGCAAGGGAGUGUCCCUCCGAAUGAUGGAGUGCUAUCUUGCCAUCUUCUUCUUCCGCCUUUGUGCGAUCGUUCCCUUUGAAGGCUACUUGCCCUUCGACAAGAGCGGCGACUGGUUUUACCAGACCUGCGAGGCCCUAGGCUUCUGCUUGGCCGGGACCAUGGUGUACUUCUGCCGCAUGCGCUAUGCGGCAACCUAUGAUCCCGACACCGACAACUUCCAGCAUCACUGGCUGGCCUUGGGAGCAGCGGGCCUGGCCUUGAUCUUUCAUCCAAACUUGAACAAUUUCCUCCCCUCGGACACCAGCUGGGCCUUUGCCGUUUAUCUGGAAUCGGUGGCUGUUCUUUGCCAGCUCUUCAUGUUCAUGAAGGAAGGCCAGGCGGCUCCCCACACCUCGCACUUCCUGGCGGCGCAGGCCUUGUCGAAGAUCAUGUCCUUCAUUUUCUGGGCUUCCUCCUUCAAUGAGCUCUCGACGAACCCGAACCAUACCAUUAAAGCCUUCGUGGGCAAUUGGGUGGUGUGCACCCAACUGGUACAGCUUUGUGUCAUGGGCGACUUUAUCUAUCACUACAUCCGAUGCAUCCGCCAGGGCAUUCCGGUGUCCCAGCUGCUUUGCUCGGACAACGUGUGACGCGGUCACGGCGGUCACCGCUCCGCAUCGACGGCCGCUGGAGCUUCCGAAGCGUCAUAAAGAGACCGGCGCCGUCACCACGAUGCACAGAAUCCGAAAA